AUGGAGGAACUCGAAGAUGACGUUCGCCAGGAUAGGUCAAUUGUACGGGUUGUGAUUGAUUCCUUACUUCUACCCCUUCGCAUCGCGACAUCGCCAGCCCUGCUACGAACGUACCUGCGCACCGCACUUCUCUUCAUCGCAUCCACUAUCCUCUUCGGCUUCGCCGUCGUAGCGUAUUCUUCCUUUUACUAUGCCUACAUUCCCGUCCGCGGCAUAGUCGUACCUGUAUAUCUCCAGUACGACCACAGUCCAGCAGUGGUCUUACAUCCACCCGCCCAAGUGAGCGGCGUGCCAACCGGCAAAGCAGCAAAAUGGCCGUACGGACUCGCCAACAUACCCGGGCUCGUGGACCGCCAAAAGUACGACGUAGUCGUUGAACUCGACCUACCGAGAAGCAAAACAAACCUUCAUGCGGGGAACUGGAUGGUCGGCCUGGAAUUCCGCGGCCCCACGACACUCGGACAGGGCGUAAAGCAUAUGCUGGGCUGGGACGAAGAGUGGAACGUCGAAGACCACAGUCAAGGCGGUGCGCCUGGCACCACAGCCGAGAAAGUCGUAACAGACGAUUUGACAACUCAAACCCCUACCGUCCUUGCCCGAAGCAAAAGACCGGCAAUCCUCACAUACCGCAGCCGCAUACUCGAGAUGAUGUACCGCUUCAUGCGCCUCCCGCUGUACCUGCUAGGCAUGCACACCGAAUCCGAGCACAUCACCAUCAAAAUGAUGGAAUCCAUCAUGUUCGAGCCCGGCCACCGCAACGUCCCAUCCUCGCUGCGCCUCGAACUGCGCUCCAAAGCGCCACUCGAAGUCUAUCGCGCGAGCGUGCACAUUACCGCUCGCCUCGAGGGAAUCCGCUGGCUCAUGUAUCGCUACCGCAUUCUCAGCGCUAUCCUUGGUAUCUUGUCGUUUUGGGCCAUGGAAAUGUGUGUGUUGCUAGUCACAUGGGGGGCGUUUACGCUGCUUGCUUCGUCUUUUUCUUUCUCAUCGACAAUGGGGGAUGGUGAUGAUGAUGAGGAGGAGAAACAAAAGAAGAAGAAGAAGAUGAUUAAAGCAGAGGAAUCGGAUCCAGGGACACCGUUUAGCGAGACUAGUCGUACGUUUCCUACCUUGCCUUCGCAAUAUCCUCUUUCGUAUAGCUCGUCCGCUGGUGGUGUUAAGCGCGAGGAGAGUGAGGUGGCGUUGAAGGAUAUUCCGGUCAAGGAGGAGGCUGAGGCGGAUGAUGAAGAUGAGGAUUUUUUGCUCGAAGUUCCGUUGCCGGUGGGCGUGGAGAGGGAGGCGGUGUUUACGGAUUCGGGGCUAGGGACGGGGUUAGAGAGUGGGGUUGAGAGGGGGGCUGCGAGGAGGAGGGGGAUGAAGGGGGAGUGA